AUGGCACGCAUCACCAUCGUUGGAGCAGGCAUCACCGGGCUAGCGAUAGCAUCUAGACUAUCCCGCCAUUACAAAAUCACCAUAGUAGCCAAGAAUCUCCCCGGAGACGAACCAACACUGGACUGGGCCAGUCCGUGGGCGGGUGCUAAUUUCGUGGCUGGUUAUUGCUCCUCACCACGCGACAGAAAGAUGCAGCGUGACGCUUUCACAGAGUUGUGGAGACUGGCUACAAGAUGUCCUGAAUCAAGCGUGAGAAAGAUUCCUAUGGAGGAGUUGUUUGAUCAGGAGCGCACGGACGAUGACCUUUGGUAUAGGGAGUUUGUACCAAAUUUUCGUUUCCUUUCAAAGAGAGAAUUGCCACAAGGUGCAAAAGGCGGAGUCACAUACACGACUAUUGUCCUCAAUCCACAUAUCUUCCUCCCCUGGCUGAGACGCAAUCUCGAGAGCAUUGGCGUCGAAUUCAAACGCAUGAAUCUCGCAUCAUUACACGAGGCUAACUAUCUAGGCCACGACGUCCUGAUCAAUGCCAGUGGCCUCGGUCCUAAAGAGUUACUUGAUGUCAAGGAUCCAAACAUGCUCUUCCUGAAGGGUCAGACAAUUGUUAUCAAGAGUGACUAUAAUAAGAGUUUCAUGCGUGACAAUGGCACAGAUUAUACUUAUGUUAUUCCUCGACUCGAUGGGACGGUGAUACUGGGUGGUAUACGAGAUGCGGAUAUUUCGAAUACCGAUGUUAAUCUGGAGGUUGACAAAGAUAUCAUGAGAAGAGUUAACGAAAGUUUACCUGCGCACUUCUCCGCCAACCCAGCAGAUUACAACAUCAUCAGCCACAACGUUGGCAUUCGACCGUAUAGAUCGAACGGAAUGCGAAUUGAGAAAGAACUAAAGAAUGGCCAGAAAAUAGUCCAUGCUUACGAUAAGUUUUCGAUGGCUGUGACUGCCUGA